AUGGCGGGCUUAUGGGUUUUGUACAGCUUCAUUGUUAUUGGACUAUUAUACUAUGUCUGCUAUAAUGUUUUUAUCGAUAAUGCAAACACGAAACCGUACUCAAAUUCGGUAGAAGUCAUCGGAAUGAAUGAAGCAGCUAACAAUACUGUGGAAGAUUCGAAAUUGAGCGACGUGUUUGAUACUUGUCCAUUUGAACUUCCUGAUCCAUGGGAUUCAACUAUUUUGAAAUAUGUGGAUGUAAAGUAUGGUUUCUUAAAGGACUGUGCACCAAACAUUACCUUGCAACCGAUCACAGAACUAAAAAACGCUACGGUUAUCAUCAAAGAACAUGAAGGAUUUUCGUGUGAAGCACGGUGCAUUAAUUAUGUGGAUGACAGCAACUAUGAAGCAACUGGAUGGAAAUCAAUUGAGAAGAACGAAUUCAAGUGUGACUUCGUCGAAACCAGUUGUAAAUCAAAUUCGACAACGAAUAGAUUCAUUCAUACUCAAAUAUCCGAGCAGACAGCUCUACCAAGAACCGUAAAUUUUCUACUCCAUGGUAUGGAGGCCAUAGAGUUUCGCAAAUUUAACAAAGUUGGCUCAAAUAGUCGACCAAACGCAUUCGUCACACUUCUCGGAAAGACAACGGAGGCUGUGGUGAGAACACAGAUGAAGCUACAGACAAUAGAAGCCGACUUAACCUACAAACAGCUGUGCAAACAGUAUCUUGAUGACUACCCAUAUAUUCCGUUAGAGUACAUGAAAGCUGGAUAUAAGACUUUUGGUGGUGAAGACUAUGUCGCAAGUGUACUUAAUUAUCCGGAUUGCUACGGAAUGAAACAGAAGCAGUUCCAUCAUAUUUACAGGCCCUUCUAUUUACGGCUGUCAAAGGAUGAUGAAUUGAAGAGUAUCCAUGAGAAGUCUGUGUGUCGAGAAUCACGCAAUAAUGUCAUUGACUAUCUCUCGAAGUUUCUCGGCUCCUAUAAAGUUAAGUUUAAACCGGUUGUAUGGUUAUCGACCACUUUAGCUGUUUGCUAUGGAUGCUUAUCUAAAUUCUCGCUUUCAUGGUUAGUGGAUCUGGCACACGACAAUACACAUGAUCUUUAUCGAGCUGAUUACGACUUGUACGAGUUCUUCGUCAACAAUCGUGAUGCCCUCAACAACUCGUUCAUCUUCUUCUUUGGUGAUCACGGGCCUAGAUUCGGAAGUGAAGCUUAUACCGAUUUCGGGAAACAAGAAGGGAACAAUCCGUUUCUGUAUGUGAUCAUCCCAAAGAAUCUACGUCAUACAACAAUGCACAAUCAACUACGACGAAAUAGUGAAGAACUAGUAACUCAUCACGACCUCCAUUCAACUUUCAAGGAUAUUCUUUAUUACCAACCCGUGUCAUCGUUUUCUAAUGUCACAUUCAUGAAAUUCGACAGUAAUCCUCGUGGUUCCUCGUUACUGCGGCGAUUUGAAGAUGGAAUUCGCCGAACGUGUAAGACGCUUCCGAUUUCAUUCAAUUACUGUAUAUGUCAAUACAGAGCGGAGAUUGUAAGUGGAUCGAAUAGGACCGAAGAACUUGGUCAGUUCGCGGCAAAACGUCUCAGUUCUGUGCUGGAAUCGCACCGUGUUUCUACCAUGUGUGAGAAAAUUUCCUUAGAAAAAGUGAUUAAAGUCGAGAAGUACGUUCUAUCAAAUGAAAAUACCACGUUUUCUGCAACGGUCAACGAUUACAAUCUUGUCUUCGAAGUAGCUCCACCUGCGAGGGGACAAUUUCAAAUACCAAUUCGUACAGAACGUGGUAAGAUGAAAAUCGGUGAAGAACGAUUCAUUCGCCUGGAUAAGUAUGGUAACAAUGGUGACUGUAUGGCGAAUGAUAUUUUACGACCAUUAUGCACUUGUAAAAAUAACUCCUCCUAA